ACUUAAUUGUUUUAUCAUUACUUAGUGUAGUAAAGUCUAGGUAAUAAAUGAGCAUUUUUGUGUGCAUUAUUGCGUUUGUUUUACCACAGUAAAUUAAGUAUUAAAGGAUUAAUAACGUUAGUAUAAUCAUGGGGGUUGAAGUUGGACAAAAUAAAUGUGAAGGAAUAAGGGAAGAGGGAAAAAUAUGGCCGCAAAUUUUAGCUGUGUGUAUCAUAUCACUGAUAUUUUUUUCAAAUGGGAUGUCGGUUGCAUGGAGUUCUCCCUAUAGUUUAGUUAUUGCCACGGACAAAAUUACAUACAAUAUAACCGCAGAAGAAGCUGCUUAUUUUAUAGUUGUUCAACCUAUAGGUAUGAUAAUUGCAGGCCUUUUCUUUUUUAAAGUAGCAGAGUUAACAGGCCGCAAAAAAUCCUUAAUAGUAGUAACACUGCCGUACAUGAUUUUCUGGUUGAUGACAAUAUUAGCAAAAACCAAAUGGGAAUUUUAUAUAGCAAGGAUUAUAGGUGGUGUAGGAGAUGCAAUGACGUUUGUGAGCUCUCCUUCGUACGUAGGAGAAAUUACUGUUCCCUCUAUAAGAGGAUUUUGGGGCAACUUUCCAUUAUUUAUACAUUAUGGAGGACAACUUUUUAUUAAUGUUAUUGGAAGCUACUUAAAUGUCCGGCAAGCAGGCUAUAUAGGUAUAGUAUUUCCCAUACUAGUAUGCCUUCUUAUCAUCACGGUCUUACCUGAAUCACCGUACCAACUAAUCAAAGAUAAUAAAUACGAAGAGGCAAAGAAAAGCAUUCAUUGGUUAAGAAGAAAAGUCAACGUCGAUGAUGACUUUGAAAGCAUGAAGGCUGACGUGAACCGUCAAUUAUCAGAGCGAGGAACUUGGAAAGAUCUUUAUAUAAUUGACAGCAAUAGAAGAGCCUUGAGAGCGGGUCUGUUCCUAAGAACUUCACAGCAAUUAUGUGGAAUUAGCAUUUUUGCAACUUAUAUUCAGCCAAUAUUUCAAAUGGCUGGAGGUAUUGUUAGUCCACAAUACUCCUCGAUGGUUUAUGGUGCUCUUGUGUGCAGCCUCAAUCUACUUUGUUGUAGAUCUGUAGAUAAGUGGGGAAGAAAGCCUGCCUAUUUCUACUCAUUGCUGAGUUGCGGCAUAAUAUUAAUUCUGAUGGCAAUAUUUUUCUUUAUUCAACAAUACCAACUGGCAAAUUUAGAUAGUUUUGGUUGGUUUCCUUUAGUGGGAAUGAUAUUUUACGUUAUAACCUAUUCGUUUGGUCUAGGCGUAGUUCCUACUCUUAUGUUGGGCGAGUUAUUUUCGGCCAGCAUUAAAUCUAAAGGUUUAUGUGUACUGAUAUUUAUGUGGGGAGCAUCAGUAUUUAUAAUAACCAAUCUAUUUAAUGUUUUAACUGAUCAUUUGGGAUUGUACGCGUCCUUUUUAUGGUUUGGCAUUAGUUGUGUAUUUUCGACCAUUUUAACUGUAAAGUGGGUGCCAGAAACGAAAGGAAAAACGUUGGAAGAAAUACAGCAAGAAUUAAAGAAGUAAGAAGAAA